AUGGCUGCUAGGGAGGAAGAGGCAGAAGAUGUUCCUUCAGCUGCUGUGGAGGAGGGGGCAAAAGGUGCUCCCAGAGCUGCUAUGGAAGAAGAAGCAGACAGUGUUCCUGCAGCUGCUGUGGAAAAAGGGACAGGGGCUGGUCCUGUGGCUGCCAUGGAGGAAGGGGCAGAAGGGGCUCUUGUGGCUGCCAUGGAGGAAGAGACAGAAGGCGCCCCCAUAGCUGCUGUGGAGGAAGGGCCAGAAGCUGUUCCUUUGGUUGUCAUGGAGGAAGGGGCGGAAGGUAUUCCUACAGUUACCAUGGAGGAAGAGGCAGAAGGUACCCCUACAGCAAUCACGGAGGAGGGGUUCCCAGCAGAGAUGGGUGAGCCAAGCACCAGCAGACUAGGCAUUCCUGAACUCUCCUUUGCAGAGCGGAUGACUCCACAGUACAGUAGAAGCGGUCCUUUGGAAGAGAAUGAGGAUGAAAUGUUGCAUUUGGUUGAGCGGGAGACUGAAGGAAGUGAAGAGGCAGAGGAGGAAACACAGCUGGUGGUGCUGGAUCCUGAGCAUCCUUUGAUGAAAAGAUUCCAAACUGCCCUAAAGACCUACCUCAGUAAACAGAUUGAAAAGCAGAUGGAGGAGCUUCGUGAGAUGGUAGUUUUCAUGAAGACUAGGAAGAAAGAGAGGGAGGAAGUUGGUGUGAUUUUGUAUGGAGUCCAGCAGCAGUUGGCCCAGCUGCAAAUGGACUUGGAGAAGAAUCACAAUUGUCAUACUCAGAUUUCCAUGGCCCGCCGGCAGCUAGAGGAAGAGUUGCAAGACCUCAGGAGCAUGUACAAGAAGACAUGCCAGAGCACUGAGGAAGAACGCAAGAUAGUUUCAUCCAUGCAGACAGAGAUGGAAAAUCUGUCUCUGCGCCUGUUCUACAUGCAGAACAUGGACCAAGAUGUACGUGAUGAUAUUGCUGUAAUGAAGCGAACAGUGAAGAAGACUGAGGUGGAGCGGAUGCGUGCAGAGGUGGAAAAGCAAAAACAGGACCUUCACGUUGACCGCUUAACAAGGACAGCCGAUGAGUUGCAGGAGCAGAUUGCUUUAUAUGAAGCACAACACAUAGCCCAGGCUGAAGACACCAAAAUCACACGGCAAGACGUGGCAGAGGCAUGUACAGAAAUACAAUCUAUAAACCUGGAGAAGAAGCAAUUGCUGCAUCAGUGGGCUGUCAGCUUGACUGGGAUGAAGCGGCGUGAUGAGGCAUAUGCUGCCAUGCAGGAAGCGUUAAGAGAAACCAGGCACAAGCUCAAGUCCUUAGAGAUUGAGAUUGAAGUCUACAAGAAGUCCAUCUCCAAGGAAGAAGAGAGGAAUGAGCUGUUAGCCUCGAUCUUGAACCGCUCAGAGAAUGAUGGGAACACAAGUAGGAAAUUGAUAGCUCAGAGCGUAGCUAAACAGGAUGCCAUGAAAGUGGAAUUUGGCACCUACACUCGUACCCUACAAGAGACGGAGCAAGCCCUCAAUCGGGCCAAUACGGAUCGAGCUGCUCGCUUGAAUGACUUGGUUACCCUUCGUAGAGAGAUAGAAAAGGGAUCACAAAUCAAGCAGGAGCUGGAGAAUGAAAUUAUUGUCAAGCUGCAGGAUCAGCUCAUGUCUAACAAGGCGGCGAAAUACUUUUUACAACUGUCUACUAAGCUUCAGAACAGAAUGACGGAUUUGGCUAUACAGUUCUCCAAAAUAGAAAAUGAUACAGCCCAAACUGCACUGAAUAUAACAAACACCAAUUGCAGGCUGAAUACACUUCAGAAGACUCUUGCAGAGCUGGACAAGGAGAUGGAUGACAUGAAUGGACAGAUCAACCAUAGCGAGUCUGAGAUCAGCAGGCACAACCUCAUGAUUGGGCGCAAACAAGGAAUUAUCAAUCUGUACAACAAGAAAUUGGAAAUCAUGAUUUCCCAGCUGGGGGGACAAGAGUUGGGACCUCUGGAACUUGAAAUCAAGAAACUGAGCAAGCAAAUAGAUGAAAUGGACAUGGAAAUAGUGAAGAUGCAGAGGUUUUGGUUGAACCAGCAGAGGGAAUUGGUGAAGCUGAGUAAAGAGAGGGAAGAGCAACUGGCAUCCUUGGACAUGCUGAAGAAAGAGAUCACAAUCAAGGAACAAAAGAAAGUGCGCACAGAGAAUGAAAUCCAGCAAGAAAAAAAUGAACUCAAGGACAUCGAGCGCCACAUGAAGAACAUGGCCAAUGAUUUGGAAAAACUACAUAUGUUGAUCAAUAAGAACAGUGCAAGCUCUGAGGAGUUGCAGCAAGGCAACACUAUUAUGGAGAAUGAAUUUGUUCGUGCCCUCAAGGGAGCUGAGAGGGAAUCGAUUGAGUUGCAAGAGAAGCUGGACCAACUCCAUGAGGAAAAAGAGAGACUCAUCAACAGCCUAGUGGAGACGGAGUGUCAGAUGAUGCAAUGGGAAAAGAAGAUACAGAUCGCCAAAGAGAUGCGUGCUGCUGUGGACUCUGAGAGUGGGCAGGGUGAAAUCCAGGCCAUGAAGGCAGAAAUUCACAGGAUGCAGGUAAGGUAUGACCAGCUGAAAAAACAACAGGAGAAGAUGAUCCGAGAUAUGGAGGCAGCUGUUGCCCGCCGAGAGACCAUUGCGAUUCGUGGUGAGGGACAGAACAAAAUGAAUAAAAGAGUGCUCACAAAAGGUGACUUCCAUUAUAAGAAGCAGGAGCUGAAGAAAAAAAUCAAAGAGACUCAGAAGAAUGCCGAGGAUUGCAACAGCAUCAUAAGUCAGCUUGAUGAUACUCAGAAAAAUCUCAGCAAUGUUCUUCUGGAGAAGCAGAAACAAAUUUCCAGCUCAAAUGUGGAAAAUGAUGAGCUGGAAACAAAAAUCGAUCGGCUGCAGGCAAAAAAACUACAGAACCUUUCAGAUAUCGUGGCCAAUCAGGGACGUGUGAAGCACAUGCAGUCGGUGAAGGAAGGGAAGUACCACCCACUGUGCCGCACUGAGCUGAUGAUAAGGAUUGAGCGACAGAAGCUGGAAACCCGACUACACGCCAUUAACGUUAUCAUCCAUCAAAUCCUGCAGGAGUUUCCUCAGCACCACAAGUUGGUGCAAAGGCUCAGCCGAGUCCUGCAUUCCAGGCUGGGUACACAAACAUCAGUGUAG